AGAAAUUACAACAAAAACAAGAAUAUUUUUCAUUUUUCCGAAUUUCGGUAUUUCCAACAAAAAUACAAAAAUCAAAUCGCGCAAAAAAGUUUAGCAACUUGACUGACUUCCUUGCUGCAGCAGCUGUGGCACAAACAAACUGCAAGAACAACAACAACAAUAUAACAUCCGCCAUGCAACGCACAAUUUGUGUUCACUGAAACGCGUUUUCAACAUUUUUGACAUUCACACUUUGUACGCCAUCCACUGUCGGUGCAGCGCUGCAGUGUGUGUGUGUGUGUUUCGCACCAAAAAUAUAAAUUCACGGAUGUUACGUAUACGCCAUGGCCGCUCGCUCGCCUUCGCAGUGCAAUAAUAGCGUUUGGCUGCAGCCAGCAAGUCUGUGCGAAUCUUUGAAAUGUUUGUGCUUUACAUAGUGUGGCAAUCGAAGUUGAAUGCAGCAGCUGCAACAAAAAUAACAAUAACAACAAAAAGUGAAGUUGUUUGUGUGCGAAAAAUAGUAGAAAAUAACGCAUAAUUUGCUGAGAGUUGCCAACCAUUGUUACAAGAAAACGAUUACAGAACAAUGUGUGCAAAUUUAAAGACAAAACAAUGAAAAACAAUUCUAUUAGAAACCCACUUGAGGGCCUUGAAUGCUGCGCUAUUCAACGACAAUUGCAAAUGCAAAUCCACGCAUACUCACAUACACACAUAUUUACCUUGCCGCCGCUGAGAUGGUAAAUUAAAAGCGAAGCACGCAGCUCACACUGUCAAGGCGACAACGAACGAAAUCACACGCAUAUUUGGCGAAAAACAAAAGAAGAAAUUUGCAAAAACACCAAAAAUAGAAAUAGAAAAAUCUUGAGAAGCAUACGCGAGACGCAGACGCGCGUAUUAAAAAGCAAACAAAAAAAUUAUUAAAGACCCCUUAGAAGUGCACACAUGUCUGCGUAUGCAUAAAGGGUAUGUCGUUAAAUGAGGCGCGCGCGUUGGUCGAGCCAUUGUAAUCGUGCGCUGAUGAAUGACAUGAAUGUGAUGGAGGCGUAAGAAAAUAGCGAAGAAAGAAAAAAAUUGCAAAAAAAAUUGCGAAAAAAAUUCUGCGAGAAAACUUGGUAGCAGCAACAAACUUUGGGCCUUCUUCAUUAACAAUUUCUACUACUUCUACGUUUUCGUCUUCUUCUUCGCCGCCUUCUUUAAUAACGCUGCUUCGACAUUUGUGAUGCGCUUAUGCAAAUGACAGUGUGACUGUUGUUGUUGUUGUUAUUAUUGUUAAUAUUACUGUUACUGGAGGUGUCAUCGUCAUCAACAGCAGCAGCCAAACAGCUACAAAAACAACAAUGCAACACUAUUAAAUGCUUGUCCUUGCGCAUAUUUUCCCUUCACAGCCCGUCCGAGGAGCAGUGGCAAGACAAGGCAAGACGACUGUGGCAAAUUUAAGACGCGCAAUUUAAGCGCACACUAGUUUUGUUGUUGUUAGCGCUCGCAUGAAUGGCGUGGUCGCAUAACAAUAAGCAGCUGUUGUGCUGCUGGUACAACAACGUCGAGAAAGUGAAGAAAAAUUAACUCGUAGGAAUAUUCAUGCAUGUGCGCCGGUCUAUCGUUGUUGUUGUGCGAGUGCGAAAGUUAAAUUUUAAAGCGAAAUUUUGUGCAUAAAUAAGAGUAAUACGAAACUAAUGUAGUGAAUAAUUGAAAAAUUUUGUGGUGUUUGUGUUUGUAGGGAAAUUGAUAGAAAAAUUUAAAAGCUAAAAUUAAUUACUUGUUUGUUAAAAUGUGUACGAAAUAGAAGGGGAAAACGAAAAAAAUUAUUAAAAAUAAAUUUAAUGAAAAUUAUAAAAAAUUAUAAAAAAAAAAAUUAUAAACUAAAAUUAAAAAUAAUAAAAUAUUAAUAAAUUUAUUAAUAAACAUAAAUAAUUUUUAAUAAACAAUUCAAAAUUUAUUAUAAAAAAAAAUAUUAAAUUUUGUAAAAAUUGUGUAACUACUAAUUAUGACAAAAUAGACGAUAACACCAUGAGAAAUAAAGAUUAAAUACUUAAAGAUUUCAAAUAAAAAUUAAAAUAAUUAAUAUUAAUAAAUUAAAUAAAUAAAUAAAUCUACAAGUUUCAAAGUUAACUUUAACACGCACAAAUAAAUUCGCCGUUUCUCAACACACGUCGCGAAAUUGUAACCUUUACAGCUAAGUAUGGCGCCAAAAAUAUUAAAAAUUGCAAAUAAAUAUUUUACUUGUAAUAAUUGACACAAUAAAGAUAUUAACAAUAAAAUAAAGAUUAAAAGCAAAUUACUACAAUAAAAAAUUUAAUUAGCACGAAAUUCCAAAAAAAUUAAAAUAAAAUAAAAAUUAAUUCAAGCUAAUUUACUAAUUAAUAAUUAAACCGAAAUAUUUACUAAUAAGCAAUUAAGUGCGCAAAGUGUUCGUAAAUUGAAUGACAAAACUUUGUUUCAAGUGAAAAAUUCAGCAAUAAAUUUCAACCAAAAUGUGUGUAUAAAUAAACGCAAUGCAGCUCUGUUAUGAAUGCAGCAGCAACAUUUACGCCGCGGAAGUUUGGCAGCUUUUUUAUAAUUUAAGCUACAACAACAACAGCAACAAUCGCAGCAUGGUUUAAUUGAAGAAAUAACAAUAAGAACAACAACAACAAAAUAAACGCAAACUGCCAACGAAAAUAAAUUGCGAAUUUCUUAAAUUGCAUAAAUAAAUCCAUAUAUCUGUAGGAGUAUGUAAUUAAUUGAGCGUUCAACGCAAGAAAUGCUGACAUAAAAACCAAAAUAAUAAUAAUAAUAAAAUAGAAGCAAUUAAACAUAAGCAAAAUAGCAAAAAAUAACACAUAAACUUAAAUAUAAGAAGACAAUUUGUUAAGAUAAUUACUUAUCUCGAUGUGAAUGUAGCUGUCUGUGUGUAUGUAUUGUAUGUGUAACUGUGCUGCCACUUAAUCCUCCGGAGAACUUAAGAAUGCCACAACAAAGAGCAACUGCAACCAACACUGCAAGCAAAUAAUUAUAUUAAAUAGCAACAAUAACAAUAAUAAUAACAACAAUAUUAAAUAGUUGAAGAUAACGAAACAUUCAUGCAUACAUAUAUUCCAAAGCAGCGCGAAUGAAGUAUGGGGAAAUAAAAGAAAAGAGAGAUACAAGUGACGAAAGAUAAUCGAAAAUUACAGUUAUAACAACAGCUUCUCCCACAGCACACCACCUCCUUCGACGCCAAUAAUUUCACAUACAAAUGCAUAAAUCGGCGCAUGUUACAGCAACAAAUAUACAAGCAAUUGCAACAACAACAACAACACCAAUAAUAAACAUUGCAAAAUCGGCAAGACGAGUCAGAGUGUUAAGUAGCCUACGUAGCACACCACCAAUAGCCACACACAAUUUGGUGGCAACACAGCAACGCAAGUGGCGUGUAGAAUACACACUUGCAUUUGUGCAACACAUACUUCCAAUCGUGCAACACACACGUGGCAAGCAGAGUCGCAAACGCAGCAAACGAGGAACGAGGCGGAACAAGCAACAUUGCACAAGCUUUUGCGGCAACAACAAAAACAACAACAACAACAACAGCUGCAACGAAAGCCUCAAACGCCACAUAAGCAACAAUAGACACAUUUGCUGCCGCAGAUAACAAUCCGGCGUGCAACGGGCCGCCGACAGCAGCAAAGGCCGAAGUUUGAAUUGAAGCAGCUGUCAAAUUGCAGCUGGUGGCAACAGUAGGACAACAACACUGUAGACAGAAUAACAAGCAACGGCAAUUACGACUGUCAACGACCGCAACAACGGCAACAAUAACAACAAGGCGAAAGCACAACUUAAAGUUACAGCAACAACAACAAAACAUUAGUAAAUGCAACAACAACAACAGCAUUGCUAAUCGUGUAGCACGCAAACAACUUCCGCAUUGUUGUUGGCGUGGUCAGCAAGUGCCUGCCGCAACGCACAAUCCACCGCUCCAUACCCCGGACGCGGACUCGGACACGGACGCUUGUUGCAACAACUCACUCAGCACUGUGCCUUGCGUGAAGGCGUCGGCACAAAGACGCAGUGGCAUCUCCGUUGCGUUGUAGGAGAGUAGUAGCCGUAGUCGUAACAGCCAUAUCAGCAACAGCAACAACAACAGCAAGCGUUGUAAAGUGGACAGCAGCAGCACCAAUCACGAAGCCGCCGGAGCAACAGCGACAGCGACAGCAAGCAGCAGCAGCACAAGAGGCACAAGGAGCACCCAGGCAGCCACAAAGCGCAGAGGGAAAUGAGAUGAAGUGGUUUCAAGUGGCGUUGGAUAUGUUCCUUGUGCUUUCAUUUAUAACAAGCAGCACAUCGAAUCCCGAUGCUAAGCGCCUCUACGACGAUCUCCUCAGCAACUAUAACAAAUUGGUGCGUCCCGUUGUCAAUGUGACUGACGCUCUAACUGUACGCAUCAAGCUGAAGCUAUCACAAUUGAUUGAUGUCAAUUUGAAAAAUCAAAUCAUGACAACCAAUUUGUGGGUGGAACAAACCUGGUAUGAUUACAAACUCCAAUGGGAGCCGAAAGAGUAUGGCGGUGUUGAAAUGUUGCAUGUACCCUCGGAUCAUAUAUGGCGGCCGGAUAUUGUGUUAUAUAAUAACGCCGAUGGCAAUUUCGAAGUGACGUUGGCCACAAAGGCCACACUCAACUAUACGGGGCGCGUCGAGUGGCGGCCACCGGCGAUUUAUAAGAGCUCCUGCGAAAUCGAUGUCGAGUACUUUCCAUUCGACGAACAGACGUGUGUGAUGAAAUUCGGCAGUUGGACAUAUGAUGGCUUUCAGGUGGACCUGCGGCAUAUCGACGAGCUGAACGGCACCAACGUUGUUGAAGUUGGUGUUGAUCUAUCAGAAUUUUACACAUCAGUCGAAUGGGAUAUAUUGGAAGUUCCUGCAGUGCGAAAUGAGAAAUUCUAUACGUGUUGCGAUGAACCCUAUCUGGACAUAACCUUCAAUAUCACAAUGCGCCGUAAGACACUCUUCUAUACGGUCAAUCUCAUUAUACCCUGCAUGGGUAUUAGUUUUUUAACAAUAUUAGUUUUUUAUUUGCCAUCGGACAGUGGCGAAAAGGUCUCAUUAAGCAUAUCCAUUUUACUGUCACUGACUGUGUUCUUCUUGUUGUUGGCUGAAAUUAUUCCGCCAACGUCGUUAGUUGUGCCACUUUUAGGGAAAUUUGUGCUCUUCACAAUGAUACUGGACACGUUUAGUAUAUGUGUCACGGUGGUGGUGCUCAACAUACAUUUCCGCUCGCCGCAGACACAUACGAUGGCGCCCUGGGUGCGAACGGUGUUCAUCAAUCAACUGCCUCGCUUUCUGGUCAUACGACGACCACUCUACCCUAUUAGUGAGAUGAUCAAAUCAUCGCGUCGCCUGAUGGUUCGCACCUGCAACGGAUUUGAUUUGGGCGACCAAAUACCACCGGUACCACCACCAGCGGCCUUGUCCAGAAUGCAUCACAGCCCCAAGACAACGUCGCGCAGUACCUCGCCACAUCUGCAGCAUCGUGUGCAAAGUCUUAAUGUACUGGACGACACGACGAUUGGCGGUCUGGGUUUCACUUCCACCGGCACUGCGUCAGCGGCCGGUCAGUUUUCCACACUUUACCCCUCCAAUAUAUCGACCGUGAAUCAACAAACGUCGACCACAUCAUCGUUGGUGGACGCACAACAUCAUAGUCAAUAUCAACAGACUGGCGGCUCACUGCUCGAUCAUCCAUUGACGCCAACGAAAUUUCGCCAACAACAAAAGACUUCCACUUCGGUACAGACGAACGGUUACGACGGCCCAUCCACCUCACAGUUCGGCCGACUGCACCAGCAACACCAACAACAACUGCCCAUUGGCGCCAUCUCGGCGUCCACUUCGACGCUACACCAUGUACACACACAUUCGGUGGGUGUGGGUGGUGGUGUGGGUUUCGGUGCGGCCAGCACCUCUACACACCAUCUGUAUCGCCAACAGUCAGCGUCAUCAGCACAAUUCUCGCCCGUCCCAGCUCCACUGCAUCCCCACCAGCAACAUCAAUCGACCACGACGUGCGAUCUGCUGGGCCACAGCAAUGCAAAUGUGAUAAAGUCCACGACCACAGUGAAUUCGGUAGCAACCGCUUCGACGCUGGCGGACUCUUGCUGCAGCGGCAUACAUCAGGGUGCGGGUACUGGUGCGGCGUGCCAAUCGUCUGAACAGCCGCCGCAUCAAUAUGCCACGACCGGUGCCGGUGGUGGAAUCGGAGGUGUCGGCGCCGGUGCGCAAGGAGCCGCUGGUGGCGCCCUGCCGCGUGAAAUACUGCCAGCGUGUCAACGAGAUGGUGGCACGCACUGUUGUCUAACCGGCGAGAAGGGAGGUUGCAUUAGCAAUAGUGAAGCGCGGCAUCAUUGGCAUGCCUGUCCCGAACUGCGAAAAGCCAUGGAAGGUGUGAAUUAUAUAGCGGAGCAAACGCGCAAGGAGGAGGAGAGCACAAGGGUCAAAGAAGAUUGGAAAUACGUGGCCAUGGUAUUGGAUCGUCUAUUCUUAUGGUUAUUCACAAUAGCCGUUGUCGUUGGUACGGCCGGAAUAAUAUUGCAAGCGCCGACGUUAUACGACACGCGCGUACCAAUCGAUAUUAAAUUGUCGGAAAUUGCAACGACAACAGCGAAACCGAGCAUUGCCAAACCUGUGUUAUAAAAACAAAUUGCAAAUAAAACAAAACAAAAACAAAAAACGAAAACAAAACAGCAACAGCAACAGUAACAGAAACAGAAACAGAAACAGUAACAGAAGCAGAAAACAUAAAAUAGUUUCUUAAAACAAUAACAACAAUAAAUAAUAAGAUGAAUAACGUUAAAAAUAACUUAACAUAAAGUGCUUAGAAGAGAUAACAAAUACUCGUACACUACAUAAAUUAAGUUUAAUGUAAAAACAGAAAAGUAAACUUAAACUAAGAAAAUAAGAAGAAAGUGGGAAGCAGCAGUCAACUGAAAUAUAUAUACAUAAUUACAAGCAUAUAUACAUAGAAGCAGCAAUAAAGGAUUAUUCAUAAUUGGAAAUGGACUUGCAAGCAUAUAAGCAUGCACUAGAACAUAAACCAAUAACAGCAACAACAAACAACAACUAAGCAUGUAAGUUAUAUAAUAAAGCAUUUCAAUUACAACUACUAUUAUAAUACCAACUAACAAAACUAACUAUUAGUUAAUACCUACUAACUCUACUAAUAAUGUAAUUACCAUACUUGUAAUGAUUACACGCAUAAUAUAAUAAUAUAACAAUGUUUACUAACAACAAUUACAAUAAAACAAAACUUAAAGCAGUUAAUACGAAACAAUUACUAAAAUAGAUGUAACACUGUACAGCAUAAAUACUACAAUGUAAUUAACGAUAAUGCCAAAUGUGAGAACCAUUUGUAUGUAUAUUUAUCAUAAAUGCAUUAAUAUUAAUGAGUUUGGCAGGCAAUUCCCGAAAGCGGUGUUGCAUUGUAACUAUAUAAUAGUAAUUACCAAGUACCACUAACACAACUAGCAUUACUAACCACAAAAAAAAAAACGAACGAACGAACGAACUAUAUUAGUAAAUAAUAACAAUAUGUUGAACAAUGUAAUGAAAACUGUUGCAAGUAAAGUGUGUGAGCAAUGAUUAACAGGCUCGUAGCUUUCGGCAUGCAAAAUCAUGCUCUAGCACUGCCCAAGGUGCACACAGGUGGGCAUAGAACAUUUAUUAUAUUAUAAGUAUUUACUCAAUAUUGUAAUUAAGUGAUUUAUAGUGAACUUACAUACGCUGUAUACAUUUAAUAAGAGAUUUAUAGCAUAUGCGUGUUUGAGUGCGUGACUGUGUGUCAGUGUUUGAGAAACUAGGAUUUUACAUUUGAAUUGUUGUUAAUAUUCCAAAAGUUACCUUCGUAAUUAUAACGUUAUGUUGUGUGUAGUUGCCAUACCUUGCUAAUUAUCAUACUAUGCGUACUGCCACAGCUACAGUUAUUGCUCCUUCUCCAUUAGUUUCUCAUAGAUACAGGCGACCAGGUUCAAAUUGAUGUUCGUGUAAUAAAUUUUCAAAAACAGCUAUGUGCCUGUUGCAUUACUUCCAUAAUUACCAUAAUGUAAUCUCAUGUUAAAGCAUACAGUUAACUUAGAUAAUUAUUUAAAAGUAAUUUUGGUUGAAUUGUGGUACUUGAAAGAUAAUAUUUUAACAGUUGAUAGGGCGAAGCAAUUUCAAAUAUAUUUCAUAUCACACUUGGUAUUCAUAGCUUUAUUGAUGCAAUUCAUAGCGAAUUAACUAUACCCAUCUUGUGUAUAAAAAUCUCAUGAAAUUGUAUUUUUUACUAUGAAUUAUGUUAUGUUCAGAUUCAGUGGCGGAUCCACGGGGGGGUUUUUGGUGUUAAAACACCCCCUAAACUCAGAGAAAAAUAUAUGUUUGUUGAUAUGGGUUUGGAAUGAGGUUAUUGAUCAAAAAAAUCACAUCAAAUUAUAAGCAAUUAUAAUAAGU